CCUUCCUUCCUUCCUUCCUUCCUUCUUUCUUUCCUUCCUUCUUUCCUUCCUUCCUUCCUUCCUUCCUUCCUUCUUUCCCCGGCCUGGCCGACAUCCGGGUCCCGCCGCGCGCCGUCCGGGUUGGGCCACUAUGGUCAUGGCGGAGGGCACGGCCGUGCUCAGGAGGAACAGGCCCGGCACCAAGGCCCAGGAUUUCUACAAUUGGCCUGAUGAAUCCUUCGAUGAGAUGGACAGCACGCUAGCUGUUCAACAGUACAUUCAGCAGAACAUCCGGGCAGACUGUUCCAAUAUCGACAAAAUCCUUGAACCCCCCGAAGGUCAAGAUGAAGGCGUCUGGAAGUAUGAACAUUUAAGGCAGUUCUGUCUCGAGCUUAAUGGGCUUGCCGUCAAGCUUCAGAGCGAGUGCCACCCGGACACCUGCACUCAGAUGACAGCCACGGAACAGUGGAUUUUCCUGUGCGCCGCUCACAAAACUCCCAAAGAGUGUCCCGCCAUCGACUACACCAGGCACACGUUGGACGGGGCUGCCUGCCUGCUCAACAGCAACAAAUACUUCCCCAGCAGGGUGAGCAUCAAGGAGUCGUCGGUGGCCAAGCUCGGCUCGGUCUGCCGUCGCAUCUACAGGAUAUUCUCCCACGCUUACUUCCACCACCGGCAGAUCUUCGACGAGUACGAGAACGAGACCUUCCUAUGUCACCGGUUUACCAAAUUCGUGAUGAAAUACAAUCUGAUGUCCAAAGACAACCUGAUCGUGCCGAUUUUGGAAGAGGAAGUCCAGAACUCGGUGUCCGGGGAGAGCGAAGCGUGACGAGAUCCUCCCCCGGAAAGCGCCCCGAAACGCCGCCCCCCCCCCCCGAUUCCGUACUGUACAUACCAUUUUAGACACUUCAAUCACGUUAUCCGUAUCCUAGCUUCUCCGUUUAGAGCCGUCCCCGUCCGCCGCGCGUCGCCUUUUCAGACGGGGAGGCGUCCGAGCCGUUCAGGAGCCGUGUAUUCACCGGCGGCCCUCGUGGCUUUUAAAUAAGAUGAGCCCUCUCCGUUUACGCCGCCCGUCGAAUAAAAGAAUUGACCCUUCUCUAAAA